AUGAACCAAACACUAUUUUGGAAAACUAUCUUGUGUUUCGAUAUGUCAAGGGAAGAAGUUAUAGAAAAGAGGAAUUUAAAAAAUGAAAAUUUAGAGAAAGAAUUUAAGAUAAAUAAGUGUCCUAUCGAUUUUGGAAAUUAUCCUUUUCAAUUUAAACAUCUAUUUCAAUAUAAUAAUUUGAAUAACUAAAAGCAAAUACCAGUUAAGAGUGCAGAGAGAGAGGAAAGAUUUUCUUUUCAUACAAAUAAACUCAGACUUUUGGAAGUCCGAGUGAUUCAGAUCAAUAUUAUUAUUUGACUUGUCUUUUGGAUAAGUAUGGAUAAGAUAUAUAUCAAAUAGAAUUCAGUCCUGAUUUAAUAGAAAGCUGCAAAAGGAAUUUUAGAAUUGGGAUGUAUAUUAACAAAUGAUACAAAGGAAAUAAAACAUUUGAUUGAUGCACAAGAAUUUUCUGCUUUAUUACUUAAGAAGAAAAAUAAAACAUUAGAGAUAAUAGCUAGCAUAGUCAUACAAAUGUACACUUAAGAAUCAUUUCUAUAUAGAAAAAUAAAUAGAGCUUUCAGAGAAAAUGAUAAAACGAGAGCAUGUAUUUCUUAUUUUGUAAAAUUGAUGAACUAUUCUCUUCAACAUUUCUCUGAAAAAAAAAUUAUCUACCCUAUAAAGGUUUAUUAUAUAGAGGAUGCAAUUUAACAGUAGAUUAACAGAAGGAAUACAAAUUGUCGUUUUAGGGAAGGCAUCCCAAAACAAUUAAUGGCUAUUUUACAUGGUUUGGCUACACAUCAGCAUCAAAAGAUAGAGCUGUUGCAGAUUAAGAAAGAUGGAAUACUUUAUUUAUUAUAUCAGUAGAAACCUUGCAUGCUUUUUGUAACCUUAGUCCAGUUGAAAUAGAGGAGUUAUCAAAUUUUCCUGAUGAGAAAGAAGUAUUAAGUUUCCCAUGCAGUAAUUUUAGAGUAACCGAUAUUUAAUACAAAAAAAAUAAGAUGA